AUGUUGCUUAAAGGCCCUGCCCCUUGGAACUGGAUUGGGGAGGGGGAGCGAGAAGAUAAUGAGAACUUACGGAUGAUGGCGAGACAUGUCGAUCUACCUAUCGCUUCGGUUGUCGUCCUCCCCGACCUAGACCUUGAGCUAGAAGUUCCCAAGUCCCCCGGCAUAAAACGACGACUAUCAUCCGAACCAGAGUCAUUAUCUAAACGGCCAAGGGUUUCAGAAGGGCCGGAUGGAAACGAAACCUCUCCGACCACCUUAGAACCAUCCUCGAAGCCUGUCGAAUCCCAAACAGACACUGCCGAAGAGAAACCAAAAGAGUCCGGCAAGGACAGACCAAAAAGCAGCGCCCAAGAAGAGAGAAAACGAGGCCAACGUUUAUUCGGUGGGCUCCUGAGUACUUUGAGUCAGACCACACCAAAUGGCCCACAGCGACGGCGGCAGGAGAUUGAAAAGCGGCAGCAAGAGAAGGCUAAGCACCAGAAGGCCGAGGAUGAAGGACGCAGGGCUGAGAAGCUAGCGAGUUUGAAGGCUGCGCGACAGGCUGGACAGAUCAAAUUUAAUGAAAGAUCGGUAAUGCAAGCUCUGAUUGGCAGCCAUGACGCUUUACUUACUUUAAUCAAGAUGCGGAUACGACAUUCUAAUAUGCUGGCAAUGGCACACUUCUUAUGCACCAAGACUGAACCCAAACUGUAUUUCAAGCCGUGGGAAUUAUUACCUGAAGAGGAAGAUCGUAUCAAAACACAAAUUGCCGAGGUAGAAACUCUUAUCAAACGAGAAGUAGAAGAGUCCAACCAGGAAAAUCCCCACGAUUCAAAGCAAGAAUCGUACGCAAAUGAAGAGACUAACAUCGCGUCCAAGGAGACGGUGGGUGAGCCUGGCAGCGAGUAUCCAUCCGUUUCUAAGCCUGUUGGUGCUACUAAUGAUACUCCUGUACAAGUGACUCAGUUUGGCCAGGUUUCCCCUAAGAAGCAUGCUCUAGAAGAGCAUAAUGGUGAGGUAGUUGUUGAAAACGAGGAGGACACGGUCAUCUACUAG